AUGGAAUGCCAAACGGGGGCUGAGCAGAUUGCUUAUCCUGUGUUCUAUGAUGUGGAUCCCUCUGAAGUCCGCAAACAUCUUGGGCCUGUUGGAGAAGCUUUUGCCAGACAUAACAAUAAAGAGGAGGUCUGGAAGUGGAGAGAGGCACUGAAAGAAGCAGCGUGUCUAGCUGGGUGGGAUUUGAGGAACACUGCUGAUGGGCAUGAAGCUAAACUCAUCAAUAAAAUUGUUGAAGACAUUUCGCUCGAAUUACGUCACAUUAAUUUGAAUGUCGAUGACAACUUAGUAGGCAUGGAGAGCCGGAUAAAGGAUAUUGUUUCAUCUUUAGAAAUUGGUGUUGAAGAUGUUCGUAUGAUAGGUAUCAAGGGGAUUGGAGGCGGUGGGAAGACAACUUUGGCCAGAGCUGUUUUUGAUAAAUAUAGCUUUCAAUUCGAAGGCAAAUGCUUUAUUGAGAACAUCAGGGAAGUUACAAAUUCAUCGUUCUCUGGUUUGCAAUCGUUGCAAGAAAGAAUACUUUCUAGUGUGUUGAAUGAUAAAAGUUUCAACGUUGGGAGCAUUCAUGAUGGGAAAAAGAUAAUGAAAAGGAUGUUGUGUGGUAAAAAGGUUCUUCUUGUUCUAGACGACGUGGAUCACGUAGAGCAGCUGGAAGCAUUAGCUGGUGGGCUUAAUUGGUUUAAACAGGGAAGUAGAGUUAUUAUUACAACAAGAGACGAGCAAGUGCUCGAACACCGAAUGAAAUCGAUUCAUAAAGUCAAUCUGUUAUCAGAUGUGGAAGCAGUGUGCCUCUUCAGUAGGUAUGCAUUUGGUAGAGAUUUUCCAAUUCCAACAUAUAAAGAUCUCACACUCGAAGUUGUACAUUAUGCUGCUGGUCUUCCCUUAACGAUCAGAGUUUUAGGUUCAUUUCUUUGCGGUAAAGAUGAGCUUGAAUGGAAAGACGCACUAGAAAGGCUAAAAACAAUUCCAUUGAAGGAAACUAUCGAAAAAUUGGAAUUAAGCUAUACAAGCUUGGAGAAUGAUUACAAGGAAAUAUUCCUAGAUGUUGCAUGCUUAAUGAAAGGUUGGCCGAAAGCAGAUGCAAUUAGAGCACUUGAAAGUUGUGGAUUUCAUGCUAGGAUUGGCUUAAGAGUUCUUGAGCAAAAGUCUCUCAUUACUGUUUCUCUUGAUCAGAAGUUGCACAUGCAUGACCAUAUAGAAGAAAUGGGACGGAAUAUUGUUCGUCGUUUGUACCCUGAUGAGCCCAUUCGACAUAGCCGAUUGUGGAUUCGAGAGGAAAUUGAAGAAGUAUUGGAUGAUGAUUUGGUUAAUGAAGCAACAAGAGCUAUAACAAUCAGAAAAUUUUCAUGGCCUGUCAAGGAUAAUCUCUGUUUUGGAAACAUGAAGAAACUUAGACUUCUUGACGUGGUUUGUCCAUUUGAUAAUUUGUUUGAAGUUGACCAAAAUUUCCCAAACGCUUUACGGUUUCUGAGUUGGCAAAAUUAUCCUCAUUGCUGUUUACCUAAAACAUUUGAAGCAAGUAAUUUGGUUGCACUUGAAAUGCGUGAAAGCAGAAUUAAACAACUAUGGGGAGCGGGAGAAAGAAAGGUUCUUAAAAAUCUCAAAUUCCUUGACUUGAGUUAUUCAAACUUGAAGACCCUUGACUGUGGGUUACUUCCGAAUCUCGAAAAGUUAACCCUUGAAAAGUGUUAUGAUUUGGUAGAACUUCAUGCGCCCAUUGGAUCUCUAAGAAGGCUUGUCCACUUAGACUUAAAUCAUUGCAGGAAACUCGAUUCUGUUUCAUUUAUCAAACAGUUGGAAUCACUUCAGGUUCUUAAGAACCUCAGAUCCCUCGAUUUCAGAUUUUUAAAUUUGAUGACUCUUGAUUGUGCCUUACUUCCAAGUCUGGAGAAGUUAAACCUUGGAAGCUGUUGUCGUUUGGUAGAACUUCGCGCACCCGUUGGAUGUCUAAGAAAGCUUGUCUACUUAGACUUAUAUAAUUGUUGGGGGAUCAAAUCUCUUUCAUUCAUCAAACAGCUUGAAUCACUUCAGGUUCUUGAUCUACGUAAUUUAUAUUUGACGGAAUUCCCAGAUAUACUCCCCAAACAAUCCAACGGGAGUUUGCUUGAGCUUUACUUUUCAGGGAAUUUUAUCCAAGAACUACCCUCAUCAAUUGGAAAUCUUCAAAAACUUGUUUCUCUAGAUCUCAGCUUUUGCAAUAAACUAAAGAGUCUGCCACAAAGUAUGUAUAGUUUACGAUGCCUAAAACGCCUUGACAUUCAAAAUACUGCGAUAGAAGAAUUAUCCGAGGAUCUUGGCUAUUUAGAAGCUUUAGAAACACUAAUAUUAAAGGAUUGUAAAGCCCUUAUGAAGUUACCCGAGGAUCUUGGCCUAUUACAAUCUUUGCAGGAACUAAGUCUAUCACAUUGCAAGAUAAGAGAUGUUCCUAGUAGCAUUUGUAUGUUGAAACGCCUCAGGAAGUUGUACCUUCUUAAAUGUGAUCAACUUGAGGAAUUGCCCGAGAAACUAGGAGACUUGGAAUGUUUAGAAGAGUUAGAUAUACGUGAUCAUGGAAGAUGCUCAUCGAUGAUACUAAUGGAAGAUGCUCUUCGAAGAUGCUCUUGGAAGAUGCUCUUCGAAGAUGCUCUUCGAAGAUGCUCAUGGAAGAUGCUCAUGCGGAGAUCCUCAUGGAUGAUUUUCAUGGAUGAUGCUCAUGCGAUGAUGCUCAUGGAAAAUGAUCAUAGAAUGUUCUCAUCAUUGAUGCACAUGGAAGAUUUUCAUCAAUGA